AUUAAUAAUACCUAAGCUGAUAUAUCUUACCAAACGACCCCUUAGGGGCAUAGGCAAAUUAGAAGAAGGAUUUUUAUUGGGCAAUAGGUUAAUAGAGGGUAUUUGUAAGAGAAAUCGAAUACAAUAAUAAGGGCAUUACUGCAAAUUAUCCGUUUUUCAAGUAUGGUGUCGCCUUUUGGUUUUCACCAUUAAACUGUGAACUAUAAAUUGCUUCUCUCUUCAGUUUCUUCCAAACACUUGCCAAUUUGAGAAGUGAAUACUUCACAAUUCAUCCUCAUCAGAUUCUUGUUGCAAUCAUUUAAUAUGAUGCCUCCUCAUGGAAAAAGGCAACAUUUACCUCCUCUCAAGGUGUUUAGCGACCUUCCCGAUAGUGUAAUUGAUGACAUUCUAAUGAGGUUGCCGUUACGAGAUGCUGUGAGGACAAGUAUCUUAUCAAAGAAAUGGAGGUAUAACUGGUGCAGACUCCCACAGUUGACGGUUGAUGAAACACUUUGGCAAACAACAAAAGACUUAAUAUCUCCGACAAUUAAAUUUACAAACAUUAUUUAUCACCUUUUGGCCCUUCAUACAGGACCAAUUUGUAAGUUUAUCCUCUCCAUUUCUGAUCGUGUCAACUGUCCUAAGAUUGACAACUUGAUAUGUUUCCUCUCUAGGAAUGGUAUUCAGCAUCUUGUUCUUCAACUUCCGUUCAGGGGUAAUCUAUACAAAUUGCCUUCUUCAUUUUUCACUUGUUCGCAAUUGAGGCAUCUGGUUCUCCGACAAUGUUUAAUACGUUCUUCACCACUCUUUAAGGGUUUUGAUAGGUUAAUUAGCCUAGAACUAGGUGGAGUUACAAUUUCUUCUGAAUUUCUUGGAAGUUUAAUCUCCAAGUGCCCGUUGCUUGAGAAUUUGGUGCUGAAACACGUAGAUACAUCAAACCCCACGGAAAUUAGUGCCCUCAAGCUGAGGUCAUUUGUCUUCAUUGGCAAUAUACAUUUAAUAGAUCUAAAAAUUGUCCCUCUUCUUUCCAAAAUUACAUAUGAGCCUACAGAAUUUUCUGUAGAGGCAGGAUACAAUCUUGCCAAGAUUUUUGAGUCUAUUCCUGCUCUCGAGCAUCUCAGCUGGAGUAACUACAAUUUCCAGGUCGACGAUGCUGGACCAGCUGAAGUUAUACCAACAAGGCUUCCCUCUGCUCUUAACAGUCUUAAACGCCUUUACCUAUCUUGGAUUACUCUGGGAGAAUUUUUUGAGUUUUCGUUUGCUCUUUGCUUGAUAAGAAGCUCCCCAUAUAUAGAAGAAAUUGAAAUUGAGGGGUGUGUUGAUGUUGAUGGGGAGUAUUAUGAACCUGUGCCCCGGGACGCUGUUGAUGAGAUUCCUGCAAGCUUCUCGGAUAUGACAUUUUACCACCUGAGGACAGUUAAGAUUAAGAGUUUAGCAGGAGCAGACGCUGAAAUGCAGCUUAUCAAGGUUUUAUUAGCAAAGUCUCCGAUGCUGGUGAGAAUGGUAAUCGAGCCCUAUGAAUUAGAAGAAUCUCUCAAAGCGGAGAUAACGAAAUUUCAGCGGGCGUCAUCUAAAGCAGAAAUUGUGUAUAGUGUAGAUUAGUAUUCAUAUCACAAUCCUGCUUGACCUUCUCGAGUCUUUUAAUCAGAGGAUGAUCUUUGGCUAAAUCUUUGGAAGUUCAAUAUGUAAUACGAAUGUCGAUGCAGUAGUAAGGCUGUGUUUUUCCUUUGCCAUAUGGUACUGUGAGGACUAUCAGUUUGGGAACAUAAGCAAAUCUGGAUGGACGCUAAGUGAGAAAUGGUUUUCACAUGUCAUGCCUGUGCCUGAAAUAUCUAUGAAAUGAGACUUUGGCUGUUGUGUGCCUGAUUCAUAGUUGUGUGUUAAGUUGUAUAGGUCAAGGGUUCGAGUCGUGGUAUCAAUUAUUGAUGCUUGCAUGAGGGUAGGCUGCAUACAUUACACCCCUGGGACGUGGCCCUUCCUUGAACCAUGCGUGAAUCCGGAUGCGUUUUGCAUCAGGCUGCCCUUUUUUAUGUUGUGUAUUUUCUGCUUAUCAAUUCCCAUUGGCAUUAUUGAAGCAUUUUCUCCACAAUUUUAGUGGUUGUUCAGUAGUUAUCAUUGCUACAUAUGCAACUUUUCCUAAUUAUUCAGUAUGUUACAAAAUCAUUAUCAUUUACUGUAAUAUUUUAAUCUCAUAUUUCUGA